UUAACCACCGCUCUAGGUUUCGGCUCCAUCGCUCACCCAUCGCCGCCGCGAGCUCAGACUCGACGAUUCAUUGAACCUGUUUGCGGUCUGAAGAAUUGAUUUAAUUGGUAACCUUUUAAGUUUGCCUCUCGUUUUUUAAGCUUUGAGAAUCUUCAUUUACAAACAAAAAAAAAAAACCGGAUGGGGAGGAUCUCAAUGGCUUACAUACACGAGGGUGAAUGGCCUCCUGGGACAGUUGACAUUCACAUCGUUAAAAAUGGUCUUCGAAAGGCUGUCCUUGUAGCUAUUCUUCUUCUACCAUUUGCCUGCAUUUUCCUCUCUUUCAGGGAAAUUUCAGCCACUCUUAUUUUGUGGAGAUUGUUGCUAAUUGGACACUUUGUCCUAUUAUUGUUAUUGCUUUGGAACCCGGUUCACAAAGAGUCUGUCAUCAUAAUGCCAGCCUUUGGAGUUCAGCUUGAAACUCACUAUGCAAGUGGAAGAAUCAUCCGCAGAUUUAUUCCUGCUGGUGAGAUUUUGAAAUCUGUAUUAUUAGAAUGUGUUACCCCAGUAACUUGUUACUGGAGCCUCUCUUUACUUGUGCGUGGGAAGGAAGAGCUGGUGUUGGUGUUCAAGGAGCUACGCCCUCCGAUGAAGAUGUUGCUUCCCGUAUGGAAGGCCUUGUGUUCUAGCAUGGAGAACAAAGAAAGUCCAGUCACAUGUGGGGAAGGUGAAGGUGGUUGAUUUCAAGACAACGUAAGUAA